UGGGGCUAUAGCCCCGGAAAAAUCUCCGAUGAGUGAAGGUUCAGGUUGGGAAUAUGCAUAAGAAAGGAAACCAGUUCCAAGAGACUAGAGGUUGAGUAGACUCGUUUUGAAUUUUUUCCCCUCUGCUCCGGCGCUUUGUGGACUUUCCAAUUCUUUGACUAUUACCCAGUACGUUUCUGAGGGCAAGUCUCGUGCGUAUUCAUCCCCGCCAUGGCUCAGCUCCAAACACGCUUCUACACCGACAAUAAGAAAUAUGCAGUAGAUGAUGUUCCCUUCUCAAUUCCUGCCACCUCUGAAAUUGCAGACCUUAGUAACAUCAUCAAUAAGUUGCUGGAGGCUAAAAAUGAGUUCCACAAAUAUGUGGAAUUUGAUUUCCUUAUCAAGGGCCAGUUUCUGCGAAUGCCAUUGGUCAAACACAUGGAACUGGAGAACAUCUCAUCAGAAGAGGUUGUGGAACUAGAAUACGUGGAGAAGUACAGUGCACCUCAGCCAGAGCAAUGCAUGUUCCAUGAUGACUGGAUCAGUUCUGUCAAAGGAGCAGAGGAAUGGAUCUUGACUGGUUCUUACGAUAAGACUUCUCGAAUCUGGUCCUUGGAAGGAAAGUCAAUAAUGACAAUUGUGGGACAUACGGAUGUUGUAAAAGAUGUGGCCUGGGUGAAAAAAGACAGUUUGUCUUGCUUACUACUGAGUGCCUCUAUGGAUCAGACUAUUCUCUUUUGGGAGUGGAAUAUAGAGAGAAACAAAGUGAAAGCCCUACACUGCUGCAGAGGUCAUGCUGGAAGUGUGGAAUCUAUAGCUGUUGAUAACACAGGAACUAAAUUUUGCAGUGGCUCCUGGGAUAAGAUGCUAAAGAUCUGGUCUACAGUCCCUACAAAUGAAGAAGAUGAAAUGGAGGAACCUACUAAUCGACCAAGAAAGAAACAGAAAACAGAGCAAUUGGGACUAACCAGGACUCCCAUGGUGACCCUCUCUGGCCACAAGGAAGCAAUUUCCUCAGUCCUCUGGUCAGAUGCUGAAGAAAUCUGCACUGCAUCUUGGGACCACACAAUUAAAGUGUGGGAUGUUGAGACUGGCAGUCUUAAGUCAACUUUGACAGGAAAUAAAGUGUUUAAUUGUAUCUCCUAUUCUCCACUUUGUAAACGUUUAGCAUCUGGGAGUACAGAUAGGCACAUCAGACUGUGGGAUCCACGAACUAAAGAUGGUUCUUUGGUGUCACUGUCCCUAACCUCACAUACAGGCUGGGUCACAUCAGUUAAGUGGUGUCCUACCCAUGAACAGCAGCUGAUCUCAGGUUCUUUAGAUAACAUUGUCAAGCUGUGGGAUAUAAGAAGUUGUAAGGCUCCUCUCUAUGAUCUGGCUGCUCAUGAAGACAAAGUUCUGAGUGUAGACUGGACAGACACAGGGUUACUUCUGAGUGGAGGAGCAGACAAUAAAUUGUACUCCUAUAGAUAUUCACCUACUACUUCCCAUGUGGGGGCAUGACAGUGAAUGAUAAUUUGACUCUAGAGAUUCUUUCUAUAAAUGAAAUCAAUAGAGAAUUCUCAGAUGACAUAAACCUGCAGGUCAACUCUUCAGAAAGCAGCCUUUUAGAUUAAAAGUUUACAUAGUGUUUUCACCCUUGAUAAUAGAUAACAUAUCACUGUUUCUCUUCUUUAUUUUGUAUUUAUAAUACAACAUUUUGUGUUUAUAAACUAUAAAAUGUAACCUGCAUUCUCUACUUUAUGCUAAACUUGAAAUUAAACUAAGGUUUUUUUUUCUUUUUUCUUUGUAAAGGUGUUGGUUUGAAUUAAGAUUUGCUUUUGAAAUGUUAUACAAAAUAUAUAUUAGAAAUACAGUAAUUAAUUUCCACUUUUUUUAUUUCUGAUGGAGAAAUUUAGGUUUUAAAUUAACCGUUUUUAAAAAAGCAUAAAUUAAAAAGUGUAAUGGAUAUUUUUAAAUAGGGGAAAAAAUUAGAAAUAAAAUUUACCUUUGGUAAAAUAAGUGAUAUUUAUAAGAAAGUAAGACUUUGCAGGGAUUCAGAACAUUUAAAAAAUGUAGAUGUUGCUGGUUUUAUUAAGAAUUUGUUGAAAUAUUUGUGAAGUACUUUGGUAAAAAGAUAUGUCAGAGUCCUUUAGAAAGUGCAUACAGAUUUCCUGGUAACCAGCAAUCUCCUCAACCUAUCAUUAUAUGUAGACAGGAAUAGAUUCUUUAGACAAAACCUUUCAAUUAGAUAAUAAACAUUCUACAGAUUUUAUAAAUUAUUAGCAUUUAAGUAAUUGUUUUCUUAAGUGACUUCCAUCUUUAAUGGAUUGCUAUUCCUUAAGCAGAGCACUUAAUUUCUUAGUAAUUAUAUAGGAAGUCAGUUUUGUCUCCUGACUAACUAGACCCAAGUGCAGCAUAUCUCAAAAAAUAUUCCCAUUAUGGAAGUCUGGGAAACAACAUCUAUACUUUGUUGCAGUGGAGAGCCAAAUUAAUAGUGGAUUAAACCAGUUAGGCAUUUAGUUCUCUUAGAAGUUAAGAGGCAGUCCAAGGCUGGUAUAGUGUUUUGUUCCACAUUCCUUCUAAAAAUCCAGACUCUCCUCUACCCCUAAGACAUACCCUUUAAACAGUUAUGACAAUGUCCAAAAUGCAAAGAAAGAUGUAAAUAUAAGGUAGAAAGGUAGCAUAGAGAAGAGAGCAAUUAACCUUUGGAGAGGCAGUUGGUUGCCAAGAAAGGCAUCAUGGAAUAGUGACAUUUGAGCCAGGUUUGGACAGAUAAUUAGAGGGUGUUGAGCAGAUUAUUCUUGGUAGAGGGAGCAGCAUGAAAAUGCCAGAAAUGAUACCUCUGAAAUAACUUCUUCCAGGUCUUAUCUUAGACAUGAUGAAUCUUCUUAUACUGGAAAACACAAAAAGAAAAACUUGCUGUGAGGUUACCCAAAGAUUGUAGUAUAGACAUUUGAAUUUUUAAAAAUUUGUAUUCUAUGUAGAAUGUAAAAAAAAAAAUUACAACUUUUCUAUGAGUAGCUGACCAGUAUUAUGCUAUAUCUUUUUCCUUUGAAUUUAGAAUUAACAUUUUUGAGCUGUUGUCAACAAUGCAUAAUAAUAUAUCAGAUGUUUCCUAGAAUUACCAUGGAAACAGAACAAAUGACAAUUUAAUAUUGAUAUUGAUAUAAAAUAGUCACAUAAUUGAACAAACAACCCUACGUAACAAAACAAGAACCAUCUGGGAAUUUCUGACAAUAACACUGAAAUCUGUUCAUACAGACUAAAAUUCCCUUGAUGUAUUCUAGUUUUGAAAAGUCACAACUGCUUAUGUUAUAUAAAGCAAAUGUAAGGAAAAAUAUUAAUUUUUGAUAGUUAUUACCAUAGUUCCUAUUCUUAAAGGGAAAAAAACUGACAUUUUAAGGCUAUCCAUAUGCAAUGGAUAGCAAAUUAAUACUGUUUUUUAUAAAAGCCACUAAUUGGAAUCAGGUUUUCUAAUCAAAAACUGCAAGGUAUUAAAACAACAGGAACUUUUGGCCACUUUAAUACUGGUAAUUUUUACCAUCAUAGACUUCAAGUUAAAUAUCGUAAUAAUGUUAAUUGACAUUUUGUUAUAUGAACAAAGUAUAUCUUCAGCGUAACUUUUUAUGCUUGUUUGUUUGUUUAAUAGAAUCAGGCUAUAUUUACUCUGAUACCACUUCCAAUGAUUUGCAUGUUUAAUUAAGGAAGUAAAUUCUUUUCUGGUGGUGUUUGUAAAAGGGAAAUAAAAUUAUGUCCCACUAUAAUAGUCCUCUGACAUAGGUACUAUAAUUAUCUGUACUAUAAAAAUGAAGAUAGAUGUUAAAGCAGGUAAAUUAUUUAACUAGGAUCAUAUAACUAGUAAAUGGCAGAAUCAGGAUUUGAAUUCGGGUUUAUCUGUCUAGAGCUCGGGCUCUUAACUAGUACAUAUUCUGUCAAUUCUUUUUUAAUGUAUAGGAAUGAUUUUUUUGUAAAUAUAAUGAAUGAGUAUGAAAAUAUCUUUACCUACAUAAAAGAAAGACUAUAUUUAAGUUUUUGAUUGGCAUUUAUUGGUACUAAAUUACAAUAAUGUCAUGUUCAGCUUUGCAUGUGUUGCCUUUAAAAUUCACUUAAAUCUUAUUAUAUCAUGAAAUAGAUCAGUGUAAUAAUAUCCAAAUGUAUAUUUUAAAAAUCUUUUUCUGUACUUUCACAUAUAAAUUAGAUAUGAGCAAGAAGGAACUUUAGAAAUUAUCCUGUUAUUGAUUCAAAACAUUGAGUUAUCUUGUCAUUUAAAGAAGCCACAACCCAGACAGUUAAGUAUAUAGUGUGAAGGAAUACAGCUAAUUAAUGAUGGAGCUAGGAGACAUGCCUCUGCAUAAUAAAGACUACAGCAAAAUCAUCUUGUUAGAUACAAUCUGAUAUAAAUUUUAGAAACAUGUCAAACCUAUCUAUAGUUAGUAAAAAUAUAAAUUGCAUGCCUGGGCUUUAUAUUAAUAACAAGUUCUGUAUUUUUUUUUCCAGAAGGAAAUACUUUUUAAAAAAUGUCUACAAUGUUUAAUAUUUUUAAAAUAACAAAUCAUCUUUAUGAUAAUGUCUGUAAUUCUGGCGCUGCUUAACUAAAUGAAAAUGUAGUAGGGGAAAGAGAAUAAUUUAGCUUGCAAUAUUUAAGAAUUGGUGGGGUCACCUGGGUAGAUCUCCAUCUCCUUACUAACAGCCAUUAGUACACUACCUGUAAUGUUUCACCUGACUUCUUUGGUAAAAAUCAGAUUACAAAGAAAGGUGGAACAGCCUGAAGAAAUGAAGCUGUUUCCAUGAUCUCAAGUUCAAUAGGUCCCUAGCCUUUAAGAGUAAAAUAAUACAAAAGGUAGAAUUCUUAAUUUGUUUUAUAAUAUCACUUGAGAUUUUAUUUGGGAGGUUAGCCUGAUAAAUGCAAAUAUAAAAGUAAAGAUCAUUUCUCUCUAAGGAAACUAGGACUCCAGGUUUAGAACCCAGAUUUGUGGACUCUGCAUUCUAAGUUAUCUAAUGGUCUUCUUUUAUUGUUAGUUUGUAGAAUGGAGUCCACAGAGGAGGAAAAUACUUUUUAUACUAGGAUAAUUCUGUUAUAUGUUGAUGGAAAAUUAAAUGAUAGCUCUAUAAAUGUUUGUACUUCUAAAUGAAAUUAAAUCCUCCCCAUAUAAAAGUAUUUUAAUGGUGUUAAAUCCUUUAAUUCUCUAAAAACAGCAAUACUAAAUUGUAAUUGCUUCACUGCAUCAUUUAUUUGUUGAGGGACUAAUAUAAGCCAUUUAAAUAUCUUACCAAUCCAACAGCUAAAAAGAGAUUUUUAAUUCAUUCAAUAAACAAUUAUGGAAUACCAUGAGUUAGAUCUGAUUCCUGCCCUGGAAGAGCAUCAGUAGCUCUCUCUACCUUACUUGCUGAAACCAUUCCUAUACCUGCGCAAUUUUCUUAGUGACUUGUGGAGGAAACACGAUUUUAUGUGUAAAUGCUCUAUUUUAUGAUGGCUUGGAGACAUCAUGUAUCUUUCUGUAAUUGUCUGCAAUUAAGUAAACAAAACCAACAGGUCUGGCUCAUAGUUACUAUUUUGA